AUGUACAAUAACGUUAUGCCUCAUCCGGAGAUGCCAAGACCUUCCGGAAACCCGAGCCUGGACCGUUUGGGAAUCCAUUCAUCUGUGGUGGAUUGGGUGCUUGCGACACCUUCGCUUCAGUGGCUAAAAACAUGUAUAUAUGGGCGAAGUCGCGUAGGGUUUUCUUCAUGCCGGAAAAGGAAAGUUUCCCAUGAGUCGGGCCUCUUCUCUCACGUCGCGUAUGGGCUGGGAUUGCGCCAAGAAAGACUCCAAACAUUAGCUAGGCAUCUCCCUUACUGA